AUGCCUAGGGACUCUCUUGAAGAAAAGUUUCAACGGCUGGCGGGAAUUGUUGGAAAGAAAGCAACGCGACCGCACAUGUCUCUUUCUAAAAAGCUUGAGUUGUACGGGCUAUGGAAUCAGGUCAUGCAUGGUCCAAAUAAACGACCUCAACCUUCUCGCAUGAAUCCGGUUGCUUAUGCUAAGUGGAAAGCCUACAAGAACUAUGAGCACCUGAGCAAGGAAGAGGCCAUGAAGAAGUUUAACGAGAUUGCGGAGAAGGCGAUGGCUUCUUCAAAGCUUUAA